CUGACAGAUAAGAAGGACCUGUGAGACGUCGGGUGGAAACUGGGGACCCUGUCAGAGCUACAGCCACACAUGCUGUCUCCCUCACCCCACCAGCCUCAGCAUGCCCACUUCCGAGGCGCCCAUUGUGGGCAGUAACUCCAGCACCGUGCCCUGGGACCCUGGUUCCUCUGGUCCUCCUGGCCCCACAGAUUGGCCGUCGGUGGCCAACAGCGUAGUGAAGAUGGUGCUGAUCUCAGCCAUCGUGUGUGUGUCUCUGUUUGGUAACGUGGUGGUGUUGUUGGUGUUCCAGAGGAAGCCUCAGCUUCUCCAUGUGGCCAACCGCUUCGUGCUCAACCUCCUCCUGGCAGACCUGCUCCAGACCGUGCUGGUCAUGCCCUUCGCCAUCGCUGCCACUAUGCCCGGCGUGUGGCCCCUGGACGCCCGCCUCUGCCAGGCCCUGGUGGUGCUCAUGCACCUGUUUGCCUUUGCCGGGGUCAACACCAUCAUCGUGGUGUCAGUGGACCGUUACCUGGCUAUCAUCCACCCACUGUCCUACCCCACCCGUAUGACCCCUCAUCUGGGCACCAACCUCAUCGCAUGCACCUGGGUGCUCAGCCUGCUCCAGAGCACGCCACCCCUCUACGGCUGGGGGGCCAUAGACUUUGACCGCAGGCAUAACGUGUGUUCUGUGGUGUGGUCCUCUAGCCUGUCCUACUCAGCCCUGGUUGCCACGUUCUCCUUCUGGCUGCCUGUGCUCAUCAUGCUGGGCUGUUACUGGAUGGUGUUCAGGGCAGCAAGGAGGCAGAACGCCCUGGUGCACCCCAUCCAGACCCACUCUAAGUCCCAGCCUAACCAGCCUCCGGACCCCCAGGCCCCCUGCAUCGGCAGCCCUCAGCGCCUGCCCCAACAGCCACCCCCACCCUUGGACUCCUUCUCGGCCGGGGGGUACCCCAUCCGGGGCAGGCACAGACGUUUCCACUACCACUGCAAAGCAGCCCGGGUGGUGUUCGUCAUCAUGGCAUCGUACAUCCUGAGCAUGGGACCUUACAGUGUUCUCAACACAAUGUCCAUUCACUCCAGUGCUGCUGUGCCUCCAUGGCUGGCCUCCCUAGCCCUGGUGCUCUUCUUCUUGCAGUGCUGCCUCCACCCCUACAUCUACGGCUACAUGCACCGCAGUGUGAGGAAGGAGUUCCUGGCCCUACUGUGUGGUCCGCUCUGCAGGCAGGGCCUUCUCUGCCACACCUCUGCACAGGACAGCUGCUUCACCGUGACCGACGGACGAUCCACGCAGCCCCAUCUGCCCAGCCUGGCUGCCCGCGUCUGCCCCCUCCGCACCUGGGAGGAGGGCACCACCACGGAGGCUACCUCCUCCACCAUGGAUAGGAGGUCCAGGGACAGCCGCAAAGACACCACCUCCACCAGCCUGAGCUCUGAGAGAGAGCUCACCGUCCACACCACCACGUAGUAGACAAGUCAACAGCGAAACAGCCUGGGAGAUGGGUUGAACUGUUUUUCGUGUGGCAGUUUUCCCUUCCAGUGAAGACAUGGUUGGUUAUUCAGCAUGGCUAAACUUGAGCAGAUUUGCCUUCUGGUCUACAGGGUUUUCCAU